AAAUUAAAGAAUGUAACCAUAGAGAAUACUCUAAAAAGUCAUAACAUGCUCCUAAGCAAUAACUUAUAUGGUUUGAGUGAUAGUCCAUAUAUACCAGAAUUCGAUGCAUUUCACUGUAAGAAUAUGUAUUUUAGACAGCUAGGUGGACCGGGGUGGAGCAUAAAAUUUGGAAGAAGAGACUCUACGACGGUGAACUUUGCGGCCGCUAACUCCGGAGUCAUCCCUCCUCCGAUCACUACCCUCAGCAACCUCAUAAACCGUCUCAAAGCCCAAAGAUUGUCCACACGUGACAUGGUGGCCCUCUCUGGUGCUCACACCAUUGGACGAGCCCAAUGUGUUACAUUUAGAAACUGUAUCUACAACGAAAGUAACAUCGACAACUCUUCAGCUAUCUUAAGACGGAAGAGUUGUCCAGCCGCCAAUGGCUCCAAAGGCAACAAGGAAGCCAAUCUUGACGUCCGCACUCCUUAUAGGUUCGACCACAGCUACUUCAUGCAGUUUGUCAACCACAGGGGACUGCUCACAUCAGACCAGGUUCUAUUCAACGGUGGUUCCACAGACUCGAUUGUCAUAUCCUACAGCUGGAGUGUCCAAGCCUUCUACCGCGACUUCGUAACGGCAAUGAUAAAAAAUGCGCGACAUCAGCCCACUCACCGGAUCCAAUGGGCAGAUCCGGCGCCAUUGUCGCAGGCCCAACAACUGAAAGAGUCAAAGAGAGUUUGUCGGGUCGACAAGGAUAUACCCAUUAUUGGUUUCGCUUAGUUAAGACCCAAUUUAUGGCCUAAUAUGAGGACGAUCGCGUUUAUAAAAAUUCACAAAAAUUCCUCUAUAUUUUAGUUUCUUUCUUAUCAGACCCCGAUUUUUAUAAAUUCGAUCAUUUGAC